AUGCAGAGCAGAAGAGUCGACGAUAAUUUGAAGCCGGCUCUGUACAGUCAGCAAGUCAGGAAGGAGGAAUACAUUAUCGAGAAUAUGAUUGGCGCUCCUGGCACCCGUUCCUUUGCGCCUUCCCCGUUCCACUUCGACCCUCGACUCAUCCCCGACCCCGAUUGCGUGGUUGCGUGCCUCAACAGCCCCAGCAACCAGUACGACCCGCCUUUCAAUCGACUCCCCGUCAACCUACCCCGAUCAACGCCCCUCCACUCGUCACGACAGGUUACCCGCGCAGCAACCCGUAUUUGCGAACUCACGCGCCUACCCCUGCCGAAGCCUCGUCGAUCGUGUGCCCCGGAUCCGGCUUUUCGCAGGUCCCACUUCGAGCGUUGGAGCCGCAGCCGAAUUGGCUGGACAGACCCAGCUACCCGCCACCCGAGCUCCCACUCCAACUUCAGCCGCGCGGGCUAUAGCGUCCGCCCAUACUACCAGAUAACUACCUACACAUACGCCUACGAGGGAAACUCCGCGCCGAUGCCCCCGCACCAAAUACCGCGGUUCGCCAGCGGGCCAACGCUGGCAUAUCACCAGCAACAGUUCCAGUCCCACGCCGCUCAGUCCCAUGCGGCGGCUCAUCAGCAGCCCCUUGCGGCCAACCACCAGCAGCCCCUUGCCGGCAGCCAUUCAUAUAUUCAUGCCAAUGCCCAAUUAAAUGCGUUCCAAAACUCUGCCAACGGCGGCCUCGCUGGUGUCGGCGCUAGCUUCCAGCAGCAGCAGCAGCACAGCCAAGCGCAGCACGCGCUAGGCGUCGAGUACUCCCCUAAUAUCCGGGCGCAGCCUAACAAGGGACGCAUAAGAGAAGAUACCGAAUUUCCUGGAGUUGUCUCGAGGCCAAUGGGAAAUUUCCGUGGCAAGAGCGAUUACCAUUACCAAUGCAUGAGAACCAAUGUGGACAUGCUCAAAGUGAUCCAGAUUGGCAUCACUCUCUUCAACGAAGCUGGCGAGACAAUCCCCGCGAGGCCAAAUACUACCGAUGAGAACAUGGGGAAGCGGAGUGGCCAAGCGCCGUUCCCGUGCUCAUGGCAAUUCAACUUUAAGUUUUCUCUAAAGGACGACAUGUACAACGAAAAGUCGAUAGAGUCUCUUCAGAGCGCCGGCAUUGACUUUGGGCUCCUCGAACGCGACGGCAUUGACCCCCACGACUUUGCCGCCCUCCUCAUUCCUUCGGGACUCGUCCUCGAAGACCAGAUCCACUGGAUUUCCUUCCACGGUGGCUAUGACUUUGGCUACCUAACCAAGCUCCUAAUGUGCACGGUGCUCCCCAACGAUGAGCUGUAUAACAGCGGCAUCCUUUCCACCUCCGACCCUGGGAUUUCCGAAGUUCUGCAAAAGUUUGAGCACAAGAGCGGCCUGGAGAACAUUGCCGAGACUCUCAAGGUUAAGCGCAUUGGCGCGGCUCACCAGGCCGGCUCGGACUCACUUUUGACCGGCAAGGUCUUCUUCCAGAUCCGCGAACGGAUUUUUGGCAACGCAAUCGCUCCAGAGCACGUUGGCAAGGUGUGGGGUCUUGGCGGUCCCAACGGCGCCGGUGCAGCUAAGGGAAACAACGGACCCAGCACCCCCAACACCGGCAGCGUGGGGCUCGCCAGCACGCCUGGCACGGCUCAACAUGGUGCUAACGGUGGCCUAUCCAUGGGACCCAUGACCCCCGGCGGAGGCGGCGGCGUCUUUGGCAACUUUGCAUUCUCCGGCGCCGGCAGGUAA